AUGCCAUUUGACGAUCAUGACUUGCCUCGUCGCCGGGACAUUUUAUCGCUAUUCGAGGCUGCUGAGACAGACGAGCACUUUUUGCGUGACGCUUUCCGUGUGUUAAGGACUCCGGUUUUGCGCCAGUUUUCGACUCCAGCGCAUCGAAAUUGUCUGUUGGCAUUCCUUUUCGCUCCCGCGCUAUCGAGCGUCUUUGCGGUUCAGGAGCUCCAAGGGCUACAUUCUACGCUCUUUCUGACGGAAGAGACUCUCGCACGAUUAUUUGUUGAGUGGUAUUUUUCACUACCUCUUGGCGUGGUACUCGCCCUCCCCCCUCCUUCAUCGUCCUCGUCUCUUCAACGUUGGCUGCAACCAUAUUUCGUUAUUACAGAUGCGGAGACAGCGAUUGGGCAAGAAGAGGAUGACGCCGAGGCGUCGUACAUGCCGACAGAAAAUCACCUUUUUCGUUUGCGUAACUGUCAUCCAUCGGUUGUGGAAAUCUUCGAUUCAUGCUGCAAGACUCCAAAGCUUUUUCACGCUUUUGUGCUGAGUGCGCACUGUGCGUGGAGUGAAAAGCAGUCGGCAAAGCAUGCCGAAGAGGCCACGUUUGGAAAGUACAGCAGUGUUGCUUGCGGUGCACGGUGGGCCAUUCUGCAGGACUGUAUUGCCAAAACUAUGCACUUGUCGUUUCGGCUUGGAAAAGCUGGUCGUCUGUCCGUUGACGCUGUCGAACAUGUGGAUGACGUCAUGCAGAGUGUUGCUGUGAUGCAGCUUAACGACGGCCACGAGGCUGGUGAAGACGACGCUGCCGUGCAACUGCCGAAAGACCGUGCCAAGGUCGAAGUUGAUGAUGACGGAACAGACAGGUGGGUUGCAACUAUGGAAGAUUGUCGAAAGGCUACACAUAUGCAAGAUUGGACAGCCGUGCUGUGUGCGUAUCCUCAAUUAUCGAACAAAGAUGCUUUGUGUUGUUUCCGUGUCGAAGCUCUUUGCACUGCUUGGAAUGCUGAGCGGUCCGACAUGCGUCAGCUUGAACGUGCGCUGCUAGAGCUCGACUGUGUGGAAUCACUCCGACUGAAAGCAGCAAUGGCGGCAUAUAUCUGGGAGCGAUAUAUUCGCGUGCACGUCGCAACACUGGUUACGUUUUGGGAGGAAAGUGCUGCGGGUAAGAAGCCCCAACGUGGUCUCCAGCCACAAGUCGCUCGACGCUUUUUCGGCAUUAUUCGAAACCUCCUCGUAAUGCUGUUGAUUUCAGUACAGACAGUCUCAACUGUACGAGCUGUGCCAAGCGUGGAUGAUGCGAUCGAUGUUGACGAUGCAGAAAGUGAGGGUGCUGAAUCAUACGACGAUGAUAACGAGCCGCCAAUCGCUGAAUAUAAAAUGAAAAGUCUGACGCAGCCUCUUCGAUGGCGUCUCCCGGUGAUUGAUCUCACUGUGGUCUUUCAGCGUCAUUGGCCACCCUUGUACGAGACAUCUGUGCUUAUGCAAGCGCUGCAAAGCUUUAAACUGGAUACAGCCUCGGCAUUACGAAUUGCAGAUCACAUCAGUUUGAUCACGCUGCUCGACUCAUUCGCUGCAACAGCAGUUACCCCGAUCUCGAUUGUUAAGCUGUUUUCAAAUCAUGGGCGAAACUUGUGCUGUCCAGGUAGCUUUCAAAUGGGCCAGCCGCUCGUCCAACCGAGCGCAGAGGAGGUGACUUCUAUCAGCCAAAAUCGGGUCAGGUUAUCAAAGGAGCUCCUCCGAUAUGACGAAACGCUCGGGUUUGCGCUUGCAGAGUCGUUCGGACUAUCGUUGGAGGUGAUUCGUGAAGAGCAUGUGAUUUUCUUAUAUCAGUCCGGGCUAGACGAGCGAGCGGAUCUAGCAGUCGAAAAGUUGCGAAGGCCAGACCGAUUGGUACUGAAGCUAGCAGCUAUUGCUAGAGCCCGGCUGUCUCUUAUUUUGCGGCGAAUGAAGACCGAGGCAGAGUACGCUGUGCUGAUGAGCAUGCUGCCUGCAGACGUGUUUGCUUGGGUGCUUAGUGAUACUCAGCCACCUCUCGUGGCGGAUCCUCUCGUCGAGAAGCUCGAUCUCACGCCAUCGCUUACUUCUACUCACUAUCUGCUACUAAAGUGUUUGGCCAUGAUCGCACCGAGAGGUGAGGAAUUCGAAAAGGUGUCAGCAAUGUCCGCACUGGUGAAGGACGUCAUUAGCCAAGUAAAGCUGCAUUCAUAG